ACAUUGCUCUUUGGAGAGUAGGACCAGCAUGGAUGUUGCCUAAUGGAAUUCGUUUAUACGCAACAAUUUCAUUUCCUAAAAGCAGUUUUAUGUUCAUUAUCUGGGCGUACUAGUAUCUGCUAAUUAUAACCAUAUAAAAAACCAUAUAAUAUGGACAUUACUUCUGAUCCAUUAACGGAUGGUUGAGGUCCAUCUGUCAUUGGGAGAGGAGAAUGAUGCCUGAUUGCGUGUCUAUUAAGAUCUAUAAAAUCUAUAAACAAACUAAUCUUACCAUUCUUUUUGCUUACUGGUACUGGAUACCCGAGUGGAAUGUCUAAUUGGAAAGAUUCCGCAUUUAUUUCCAAAUCCGUUUAACCUCUUGUUCAAUCAGCUUCUCCAUCUGAGGGUUCAUCUUUUUAUGAUACCCUGCCUAAAUACCAAUCUCUUACAGGAACCACAUGUUGGAACAGAUCUCUCCCGUAUGCUUUGAUAUCAGCAUAGGAAGAGGAAAAUCUGUCUAGAUAACUUUGAAAGGAGCUCAACGGGUGGUUUUUACCUAAAAAAACAGUGUAUAGCAAUAGUUGAGCCGCUUUGCCCCUUGUCAUUUUUCUCAAAAAUCAAAGCUUUUUCUGAGAAUUCUAUUCCAACAUAUAUCUUUCAUGUUGCAUCAUAAAAAAAAAGGUGUCUGGGUCGAUGACUUCUGAAGAAACUUCAGUAUCUAAUCUAAUCCAUCCCCCAAACGAAAAUGGUUUUGAUUCUUAGCUUCCAAUAAUGAAAGAUGUUAACAAAUUUCCGGUAAACGAAGGGUGAUAUCUCAUUCCCACUUCAGAGUGUUUCAGUUAUUGUUCAUCAUCAUCAUGACAACUAAAUCAGACUUGUUUAUCUUUCAAUAGAUAUGAGAAAUAGGAAAAGCAUCGAAUUCCUUUACAAUAGACUUUUUCAAACUAAUAUUUUUGCAUUAAUGCUGGCGCUUAGAGCCCUCGAAGUCUCUCCAUAAUGUUUGCACAACAGUUGCAUUUAGGGCAAGAUAGGUGGCAGGACCAUCUUCUUCAGAGGAUGCUGUGUCAUCUUCUUCACAAUCACUCUUGGUCACAGUUAUUCUUUACUUAACACCUGACUCAUUGUACUGGUGUCUUGCUAGUGGACUUACAGAGCGAGCUGGAAAGGGGCUUUAUCCGUCUUUCCGGGGAAAAAGCAAGCAUCUGAUCAGAUCAAUCAAGAGAGCUAGCUUCGGUCUCACGUAGUAAGCAAGGACGGAGCUGUCGAGUGAGGAUUGGCCGAGGGGAGUCCAUGAUGUAGCUGGGUACAAAUAAGCCAGUAAAAAAAAGACACGUAGAAGCCAGUGGGGUAGGGAAACGAGGACAGAUCACAUGGUUUUGUACUGGUCAGCUUUGAGCUGUCGAGUAAGGAUUGCUCUAUCUCUUAAGAAAGGGGCUUUGGAACCCAGCCUUAUUCUUAGAGAAAGGGGAGUACUUUCUGAUGUGCGUUCUAUUAUUGGCUCCUAUUCCUGAGGGAGUGAUCGGGAUUAAGCCGCGUGGCGAUACCCGAAAAAAAGAAAGGACUAUUCGCUCUUUGGGGUGGGCCUUUCGUACUCCAAUCCGUACGGGGAAAGGCAAAUUUUUCAGCAAAAUCUAGUGGAGGGGGUUCCAUAUUCAUGAAAAGACGGGGUUGAACCAUCUUACGGAACUAAGACAACAAUUCUUACUAAUAAUAAGAAAGAGUUAAGCGCCUCCAAGGCCUAUAAAUAGAAGCUUCUUUCAGUCUAUAUUUUCAAAGAGAGACGCGAACUUAGAAAGAAAAAAAGACUUUGAGUUUUAGUUUCGAUAUGGAUGAUAUCCACGCCCGACUUUCAAGAAUUCCGCAAGAAAUCUCUCAAGGGGAAGAGGAGAAGCUCGAAUGGGAGCGAAUGCUGGGUCUGUUCUGGGAACACAUGCCGCCGAUCGAUCCAGAAAAGAUAAGAUCUCGUAUGCUGGCUAUACGGAAUAAAAUCCAAGCCCUCGAAAACCAAAAGAGGGCCCUCCUUCUCGAACAGCAGGAGCUUAUUCUUACUGCUAUCGCACGUGAUCCCCCGCAAGAUUAAAAGAAAUGAGCAUUAGCUCUUUCUAAAAGAUUCAAAUAAGGAGUCCGUCGACCCAAAGUAGUGUGUGUUUUAAUCCAGGGCUUUCUUUCGUGGAGAUCCACUCCUAUCCUAAGUAGAUUGCUUUUAUUUGGUGUGUUUGCAUGUAUCACUAGUAGUCUUCAAUGCUUAUGUAUAAUAAUAAGUACUUGUUCGUAAGUGCUUCAAAUGAAUGUGAAAGUUGA